GCAUCGGAGAGUCAAACCUCAGAAGUCGACACAGAGACAGGUAGUUGGACUGGGUCGGUCCAGGACAACGAGAGUCUCCCCGGUACCAAAGCAAACGCCAUAGCCAUUACUAUUACCCCUUUUUCUCUUCCGAUAACCUCUGACCGUCGAGCAACAAGAUUCAGAACCUCCAUAUCCAUCCCCUACCCCUCUGCCUGGGGGAAGAAAGGACAGCAAAAGAAGAAGUACCAUUUUGAACAGGAAAAAAGAUAAGGGGGCAGUUGCUCCGGUUUUCGUCGGUUCUUUCUUGGCUUUCUUCUGGGCAUCGUUUCUUCUUGCAGCUUUUCUUCUCUCGAGAUUAAGGUGGACUCGCAAUUAGUUGCAGGAAUAUCGUGGAGGCCGAGCAAUUCCAUUUCGUGCUCGUUGCGACUGACAUUCUGGUUAGAAGAUGGUUAUAUUGCACUUACUAAGCUCAAGUUGUUAGUUGGUUGAGUGCGGAGGCUCUCGGAGGAUUGUUCUACCCCUCCAGUCACGUUAACCGAACUUCUGCCACCUGAAUCUAAGACUACGGAGCAUUCUGGGCACAAGAUAGAUUAGAGUACUUGAUCAUCCUUUAUCUUGAACAAGCUACCCAUGCAUUGAGUGAAUUUGAUAUUUAUUUGCCUAUACAAGUACGGAUGGAGACUAAAGAGACAGAGAGAACAGUGAUCGCAAAACCAGUUGCAUCACGGCCUACCUUUUCCACUUUUAGGUCUUUCUCAGAGCUCCUUGCAGGUGCAAUUAAUGAUUCAGCCCCUAAAGUAGGUUCUGAAAGUGGUGUUGCCCCAAUUAAACCUAAGACAGUGAGGGUCAAGCCUGCGGUGAGUCGCACUUCAGCUGCCAUGUUUUCAUCCCAGGCUGAAAUCUCUGGGACAGCAAUCUGCAAUUCAGUGGAUACACUUUCGAAUUCGGACAGUCAGCGGACUGUAUUAUAUAAACCUUUGGCAAAGCCGGUCUCAAAAGCCGUUGCUUCACUCUUGGCUAAUAUAGGGAACUUAAAUGCUACUCAACCAGCCAUACAACCAUCUGAAGGUCCGCCCCCAGAAAAACGCCAUGUGAAAUCAAAACCGAGCUCAAAUAUUCGUCAAAUUAUACCACGUGCUGCAGAGACCAAACAGAUGAGCGAACCCUUGAAAAUAGCAGCUCAGGACAUUGAGGAGGACCAAAGAGCUUUACCAUCCACAGCUAGUGUGGAUCGUCCUUCUUACGAUGGGUAUAACUGGAGAAAAUAUGGACAAAAACAAGUAAAAGGGAGUGAGUACCCACGAAGUUAUUACAAGUGCACCCACCCGAACUGUCCGGUGAAGAAGAAGGUUGAGCGAUCACUUGACGGGCAGAUAGCAGAAAUAGUCUACAAGGGUGAGCAUAACCAUUUAAAGCCUCAGCCUCCUAAACGCAGUUCAUCAGGGAUGCAAGGGCUUGGGACCAUACCUGAUGGAACAGAACAAGACAAUAGCAACCAGCUCCGGGGUAGCCAACCGGGCGAAAAGAAUGAAGGUUCUCUUGGUAGAGUCGAAAAUCAGACUGAGGUAGGAUUAGCAGCAAAUUCGUCUUAUCAAGGCAAGGGCCUGAUGGUUCAUGACCGAGCUGCUGCAACUGAAGCAGUUGCUCCUUCUGGGGGGACUCCUGACAGUUCGUGUAAUAUUAGCGGGGCAGAGGAUGGAAGCAAGGCAAAGGAAGUGCGUAAUGACGAACGAAGGAGUAAGAGAAGGAGGACUGAAAGUGGAGCCAGUGAAGCAGGCAUCGCCACUGAAGGGGUACAAGAGCCCUCCACUGAUCGGCAAAAUUCAACUGAUGAGAUUCUGGGUGAUGGCUUUCGCUGGAGGAAAUAUGGCCAGAAGGUUGUCAAGGGAAACCCUCAUCCCCGGAGUUACUAUAGAUGCACGAGUCUCAAGUGCAGCGUGCGUAAGUACGUGGAAAGAGCAAUGGAGGAUCCCAAAUCUUUCAUAACAACAUAUGAGGGGAAGCAUAACCAUGAAAUGCCCCUCAAGACCACAAGUCCAGCUGAUCACCAGGCCAACAAAUAAGCCAAGCCGAGGCACAACGUUUCGAUGCGCGAUUUGCCUCCCUAGCUGAUUUGACCGGAGAUUGACGAAUUCAACACUGUAUGAUCUCCAUUUUGUCUCGUCAUUAACGAACACAGCAUUUCGCAGGUAAUUUCCAACAUUCGAUGGCAGCCACGCUGCCGCCAUUGGACAGGGUUAACUUUUCCCUUUUCAGUAAUGAUCGACAGCCUAGGGACACACUGAUUGUAGUAAACAUGUGCACUUGUACCUUCUUCAAAGUUAAGGUGAAAUUUUUGUGGGCGGUACUGAACUGCUUGCUGCUGCCGUAUAGCACAUAAAAUUCA